CAAUAAUUUUUGAACAAAGAGAAGAAGCUUAUGCAUUUUCGAGAAAAGAGAAGAUGCAAAGAGGAACAGAAGGAGAAGAAGAAGCAGUGUCAAGGGGUUCUAAGUGCCGAGACUGUGGGAAUCAAGCCAAGAAGGAAUGUUUGUAUUCAAGAUGCAGAACUUGUUGCAAGAACAAAGGCUUUAAUUGCCAAACCCAUAUCAAGAGUACAUGGACUCCUGUUGAUAGAAGGCGCACCAAGGAUAAUAACCCAUCUUCAUCUCCACACAACUUUCACCCAGAUUUUCCUCAAAACCACAACCAGAUCAAUCCAUAUUCAGGUUUAGAGAUGAAAUUUCCUUGUGCUACGAGUUCGAUGGCUAUGUUUCGGUGCGUUCAGGUUCGGUCGGUGGAUGAUGCGGUUAACGAAAUAGCGUAUCAAACAUCUGUGAACAUUGGGGGGCAUGUAUUCAGUGGAAUACUAUAUGAUCAAGGCCCAGAACAAAGCUAUAACAUUAACAAGGGUGAGAGUUCCACUGCUCUUGUUGAUGAACACCAGAAUAAUAGUCUUGGUCUGCUGAAGAAUUCUUCGAGUAGAGAAAGCAGUGGUGUAACUAUAGCCUCUGCCGGUCACGGUGACCCUCUUUUUCCUCCACCACCGUAUCCCUUUCCACUUGCUUCCUUCAGACCCGGUAUGCCAUAUUUCACAUACCCAAGAUCUUGA